GUAAAACCGAUCAUCACCACCACCGCAAUUAUGCUUCCAGAACAUCAGUGCUAAACCCCAGCUCCACCCCCAGAUCCGCAAUCUCAAAUCCUCCAGAUCCCAUGGGCGCCUCAUCCUCCAAGCCCGCGAGAUCCGCUGCCCAGGCUGUCUCGCGGCGCCAAUACCCAAAACAACCCGUUUCUCCUCCGACCUCCUCCCCAGCACAACCACCACCAGCAUCCAAACCCACACGACAACAACCACAACCACCGCGACAACCGUCGCGACCACCCCCCGCCGGACCAACCUACCACUCCAAAGAACCCCCCUCCCUCGAGCGCUCAUCAGCAAUCGACCUCGACGGCCGCGACCCCGACUUCGCCGCACAGCUUCGCACCAUCGGCCCCGUGACCCCGAACCCGACCUUCUCUCCCUCCAGCACCUUUGCGCGCCAACAACCCGCGCCUACCGUCUUCCCGCCCGCAUCUAACCCGGCGUUACUGGUUUUCUCGGCGCGGCAGCGCCUCACCAAGGCGGCGGAGCAGGAGCUGGAGGCGAUGGGGAGAUCGGGGUUCCAGGGCAGGGAGUACCUUGAUGCGUUGACUAUUCGGCAGGUCCUGGCGAUGAGGGAUAGGCAGGGAUUGUCGGCGGAGGAGAUUGAGCGGCUACUGAGGUUGAAGAGUGGUGUUGUGGGGAGGUUGGGGGAGAGGGGGGUGGUAGGUGAUAUUGGUUAAUGGGUUGGGAUCUGCUUGUUGCAAAGAAAUGAGUGUAUGAUAGGGAAGAGUGGACGGAUGUAUGUAUGCAUGGUUAUGGAAUGGCAUUGUAAUUCUAUGGGAUGAUUUGGUUCGGUGCUGAGGUGUUGUAGAUGGCUUGUUUGGGGGUUGUGGAUGAGUGUUUGGGCCUAAACUGAUGCGUAGGGUUAUAUCUAUGAACUGUAUGUUGCUGCUAUGUUGCUAUAUUACAGCAGAGCUCGUGCGAUUCUGUGGGCAUGUGGAAUCACAGGAG